GUGCGCUGUGCGUCACUUCCGGGCCGAGCCCCGUCCGCGGCGCAGCCAUGAGGCCGCAGCCGGCCCCGGUCGCGGGAAAGGUCUUCAUCCAGCGCGACUACAGCGGUGGGACGCGCUGCCAGUUCCAGAGCAAGUUCCCGGCCGAGCUGGAGAAUAGGAUUGACCGGCAGCAGUUUGAAGAGACCGUCCGAACGCUGAACAACCUCUACGCAGAAGCUGAGAAGCUUGGGGGCCAGUCCUACCUUGAGGGGUGCCUCGCCUGUCUGACUGCCUACACCAUCUUCCUGUGCAUGGAGACGCAUUACGAAAAGGUUCUAAAGAAAAUUGCCAAGUUCAUUCAGGAACAGAACGAGAAGAUCUACGCUCCUCAGGGCCUCCUUCUGACAGACCCCAUUGAAAGAGGACUAAGAGUUAUUGAAAUUACCAUUUAUGAAGACAGAGGAAUGACCAGCGGAAGAUAAAACUGUGGAGUCUCAGACAGCUCAACAGCGGACUUGCCGUGUCAGAGCUCCCCUACCUCCUACUCUAGAGCAUCAUUCCUUUCUCUGCUGCCAGACCCGCAGUGCCAUCUACCACAUGGACUAACUUCCUACCACUGCUCUACAUGGGGUGACCCAGUCAGCAUCCAUUUUAUGGCAAACUCUUGGGCAAUGAGAUCGCUUUUUAGUCUGUUUGCAAGAAAAAGCAGAAGUGGUAAGGCUACACUGAAAGAAACGGGGCACUGAGCCCAGAGAAGUCUCGUUGUAGUUACCUAAGUGCAGUGCUGUUCCUCCCUAGUUCAUAAACCCUUCUGUACAGCAGUCAGGCUUUGGAAAGCUACGAGCCAGAGCUGGGAAUUCCAGAAAUGAGGCCUUCCCUCCCAUUCAGUUGUAGCGUGAGGGGCUGUGCAGUGCCUCUGCCUGGUGAGAAGUGACUCAAGGCAGCGAGCAUUUGAUGUUUUCUGUGCUGAUUCUUGUGAGAAACUGGAAGGCAAAGUGUUAUUUGUUUUAAUGUUUUGGCUGUUCCUAGAAGGGGGGGAACAGCUGGGUGUUAAUCCUGGUGUCUUUUCUACUGCUGUGUCUUUGCUGUUGCUACGUCUGUCGGUACUCUCCACGGGAAGGGGGUCUGUCUGCUCGUAAAGCAGCAGGGAUGAUAAAAUGGAUGCUGAACCAAUGAACAUAAUGAUUCCUGCCCUACUCAGAUUCACAUGUGAAGUGUAAAACUCUCUCUUUAUGGAUUUAUUAUGUAUAAUUUAUAGGAAAACACUGAUUUGACAAACUGUUAGAUGUUGUGUAAGAUGGUUUCUUAACUCUCUCUGCUGGCACACCUGAAAAGUAGAACCCUGCAUCAUUCCACAUCCCCCACACCCUGGCACUCCUCAGCAAUACCUGCAAGAGUAGAGUUUCUACAAACCAAGCUGGCUUAGUAUCUUUCUCUUAUAUCCUUUUCCCUUAUCCAAGCAAGGAUGUCCUGAUUUAGGUUCUGAGCGUCUGUAGAAGGAACUCAAGCGUUUAGGAAAGAAGACUUGGCAGAGCAUUUGGGAGCGUUUCAGCUUCUGGUGGUGCUGUAGGUGCUAAUACUGGAUCUGAAAUUCCAGGCUUAUUACUCAGCCACUGAUUAUGUUUUUUUUUGAGAUUUGUUUAAUACUUUAAUUGUAUAAAACUUGUUUUUUCUAAACUGUAACAGUGUUUGCCUUUCACAUCUGUUGCAAUAUUGGCAGAAGUACUAAUGGAUCAGUAAAUUUUUUC